AUGCGGCGGGCGGAUGAGUUGUUGAAGUUGAAGCGGUCAGCAGCAACUACUACUGCUACGGCAAAGAAUGACGAGUUGAGCAGUGUUGAGGAUGGACCUGGGCCGGGUAUUGAGGAGCUGCGGCCGGAUAUCUUGGUGUUGCCGGAGAUGGCGUUUACAGGAUAUAAUUUCCCAUCUUUGCAGGCUAUCAAACCAUAUCUAGAGCCUCAAGGCACGGGACCCACAGCAAAAUGGGCUCGAGACACAGCAAAAUACUUAAAAUGCAAAGUCUGUGUGGGCUAUCCCGAGAUUUCCAAAGCAGAAGUGCGGCAUGGUGAUGGCGACGAAGCACCAUCGCCGUCAGAGACAGAAAAGUACUUUAAUUCUCUACUCGUCGUCGAUGAGAACGGGGAGAUAUUGCUGAAUUAUCGGAAGCAAUUCCUAUAUUACACUGACGAAACGUGGGCAUCAGAGGGUGACGGUGGCUGGGGGUAUCACGCUCUCGAAUUCGACUCUCCUAGGCCGUCGCAAGAUAAUGCUACAAGACAGCAGGUUCCGACCACAUUCGGCAUCUGCAUGGACAUCAACCCGUACCGGUUCGAAGCCCCCUUCACCGCGUGGGAGUUUGCGAACCGGGUCCUCGACUCACAAUCCCAGCUGGUCAUCAUCUCGACGGCGUGGUUGACCCUGGAGGGACAGGAGGCCAUUGCUUCCCUAGGCCGCAAUCGACCAGAUAUGGAUACCUUCAACUACUGGAUCCGGAGGUUCUGGCCUCUGAUCGAGAAAAGGAUGGCUCAUGACGGCGAUAUCGACGGCGGUAGCAGCUUACGGUCGGGAAUGACGCAAUCUGAAAAGAAAGUCGUCCUCGUCUUUGCCAACAGGACCGGUGUGGAAGAGGGCACAGAAGGAUUCAAUCCCACCGCCACCUACGCGGGGACCAGCACGAUCAUCGCCAUCACGCAGAAGCUGCCGCCCGAGAAGAAUGGAGAUGGGGCAGCAGCUACAGGCCUGAAACAACACGACAAUGAGAAACCGCUCGACGUGAAGAUUCUCUGCUGGGAUAUGAAAGGGGCCACGGAAGAAGGGAUCUGUUUCGCCGAUACGCUGUCGGAACCAAAGAUGGUCUUUGGCUUAGUGAAGAGAUCCGACGAUGGCAAUGGCGAUGGUAAUGGCGAUGACGAUGACGACGGCGAAUCUUAG